CCUUCCAGCGCCAACAUGAAGGAAGCCCCUGAAAAUGUCUCUCUGGACGGUGCCGGCUGGAGCCAGACCAAGGCCCAGGACAGUAUUUUUUGCUCUGAAGAAGAUAACAGUUUGUAUUUCACAUACAGUGGAAAAUCAAAUGUUCUCGAGGUCAAAGAACUCAACUACCAGGUUAACAUGGCAUCCCAGAUUCCCUGGUAUGAAAGCCUUGCACAGAUGAAAAUGCCAUGGACCUGGAAAUCGGAUCCCCGUUCUCGUGUGUCAAUAAUUCAGAAUCUGAAUUUAAAAGUUCAAAGUGGUCAGAUGCUAGCUAUCAUAGGAAGCACUGCUGGUGGAAAGACAUCCUUGCUUGACGUGAUAACCUGCCGGGAUCACGGAGGCAAAAUCAAGUCUGGUCAAAUCUUGAUCAAUAACAAACCCAGCACUCCACAGCUCGUUAAGAAAUGCAUAGCACACGUGCGGCAGGAUGACCGACUGCUCCCCCACCUGACUGUCAGAGAAACACUAUUGUUCGUUGCCAAACUGCGCCUUCCAAAGUUUUUUUCAGACUCGCAAAGGAAAAAAAGGGUAGAAGAUGUCAUAGCAGAACUUCGCUUGCGCCAGUGUGCAAACACAAGGGUAGGGAACGAGUACCUGCGUGGCGUUUCGGGAGGGGAGAGACGCAGAGUGAGCAUCGGUGUGCAGCUGCUCUGGAACCCAGGAAUACUCAUACUUGAUGAACCCACAUCUGGACUGGACAGUUUUACUGCACAUAACCUUGUGAUAACAUUAUCCAGACUGGCCAGAGGAAACAGAUUAGUUCUUCUUUCACUUCAUCAGCCCCGCUCAGAUAUCUUCCAACUGUUUGAUUUAGUUCUUCUGAUGACUUCUGGAGUCACUGUCUAUUCUGGAACAGCUAGAGACAUGGUCCAGUACUUCACAGAACUAGGCUAUCCCUGCCCAAGGUACAGCAAUCCUGCAGAUUUCUAUGUUGAUUUGACUAGUAUCGAUAAACAGACAACAGAAAAGGAGAUGGAAAGCCAAAAAAGAGCAAAUACUCUUGCCAACCUGUUCCUAGAAAAAGUCAAAGAUUUUGAUGACUUCUUAUGGAAAGUAACUGAAGAUGACAAGGUUGCAACCACAUUCAGCAAGCAAAGGUCCCAUUUAAAGUCAGAAGAGGCUAUCAACAUGCCUCACCAUUCCAGUGACCAGUUACCAGGAGUCUUAAAGCAGUUCACUAUAUUAUUAAGUCGUCAAGUCUCCAAUGACUUCAGAGAUCUUUCAACGUUAUUAAUCCAUGGAUUUGAGGCCCUUCUCAUGUCAUUAUUAAUUGGAUUUUUGUACUAUGGCCAUGAGAAAUCCGGACUCUCUAUUCGUGACACAACAGCACUGUUGUACAUGAUAGGUGCACUAAUCCCAUUCACAGUGAUUUUGGAUGUUAUUGCCAAAUGUCAUUCGGAAAGAGCUAUGCUUUAUCAUGACUUGGAAGACGGAAUGUACUCUGUUAGCCCAUACUUCUUUGCUAAGAUUUUGGGGGAGCUCCCAGAACACUGCGCUUUUGUUAUCAUUUAUGGGGUUCCCAUCUACUGGCUGGCAAACCUCAUUCCUGAGCCAGAGCAUUUCCUGCUGAACUUCCUCUCGGUGUGGCUGGCCGUGUACAGUGCCCGCGCCAUGGCACUUUGGGUGGCAGCGCUGCUGCCCACACUACAGCUCUCAGCCUUCUUCGGCAACGUCCUUUUCACCUCCUUCUACCUGAGCGGCGGUUUUGUGAUAAGCUUGGAAAACCUCUGGACAGUUCCAUUUUGGGUUUCUAAAAUCUCUUUUCUCAGAUGGAAUUUUCAAGGCAUGAUGCAAAUUCAGUUCACUGACCACACAUAUGAAAUGACUGUGGGAAAUAUUACAUUUCACGUACCGGGGAAACUUAUCAUUCACAGCCUGGACCUGGACUCCCAUCCCCUCUACGUGAGCUACCUCGUCCUCCUCGGUAUCGUUUGCAGCUUCCUGCUUUUAUACUACUUAUCGCUGAGGUUCAUCAAGCAGAAAUCACACCAAGACUGGUGA